CGAGCUUAUACAGAUCCUUGUGUUCUUUCAUUUUUCAUUUGCUUUCUUCUGGGCCUGUGAAUUUAAGUGAACCGUCAUGCUGGGACAGUCGAAAAAAUUUGUUAUUCUUUUGUGUUCUGCAACGUCGAUCGUGUGGGCCAUCCCACGCCCAACUGAGUCUCCUGUCGUGGAGAAUUACACGGUAGCAAACGAGACCAAAGUUGUCGACAUUUGCUCCCUUCCGUCCAUCAAUCGUCCUUCGGAUGCCCCGGAGUGCAGUGGAGUGAUUCCACGUUGGACUUACGACACGACUGCCAACGCCUGCAGGAAGAUCUUUUGGCAGGGCUGCUGGGGCACAGAGAAUUUAUUCAAAAAUGAAUUUGCUUGUCUCGCUACGUGCAACAAACAAGGACUUCAGAAGUUAAUCAAUGGAAGGGAUACCUCUAUGCCAUGCAUGCAGUCAAAGUCCGAAGGCAGUCCUUGUCUUAAAUUAGAUAAAAGCUCGGUCGAUGUCGUUGGUGAAAACACGCGCUUCUUUUUCGAUACGCAAACUGGAAAGUGCCUAACUUUCAAUUACACCGGUUGCCAUGGCAACAGAAACAAUUUCGAAUCUGAAUCUGAAUGCGACCUUACGUGCAAUGGCCUGCAGGGACCCGUUACACCGCCUACAAUCACAACUGAAACAGUUACAGAGACAAAUGUUACUGCUGACGGAGACAAUGUUGAAAUUAUUAGCGACGACAUUUGCUUGUUGCCUCCGUUGAAGGGCACUCUCUCUUGCUCCGGAGUCUUUUAUCGAUGGACUUACAAUUCCACGACAGAAGUUUGCGAGAAGUUCGUUUAUGGCGGAUGUCAAGCUACCGAGAAUGUUUUCAGGAAUCAACACGCUUGCCUGGCAAAGUGCAAUCAAAAAGAAUUAGAGAAGGUGAUUAGUCAAGGGCUUCAGACAUAUCGGUGCUUGCAACCGAAACUGAUCGGGAACUGCCGUUCGUCCAUUCCAAGCUUUUAUUACGAUGCUACAACUGGAGUUUGUCGACCAUUCAAUUUCAGCGGCUGCGAUGGGAACAGCAACAACUUCGGCUCAGUGAAGUCCUGUGAACGUGCAUGCAUGGGUCCUGAUUUCUUAUCCGAUCUACCUCCAAGCAUGACUACAACUGAGCCACACGAAGAUCUGAGAAUAAUAACAAACGGCCAGUAAGGUUAAAAUAUAAUCCAAACAUACUCCAAUUUGUUGCUUACCAAGGGAAACGUAAAAUAGAAAUAUGUGCUCUUAUGCUGUGACUUAUUAUCGUAAGUAUGUUAAAUAAAUAUGAAUUAUACUAAAAUAGUCCGAAUAUAAGGCAAAACUAAUAGACGAAAAGAGCGUAAAUGUAAGUUAGCGCUCCACUACCGU